GGUCCGAUCUCUGGUGGACCUGCAGAAGUCUGGUGGAUCUUCAAAGUGCCUGCCUGUUCUUGGUCCCUGAAGUUCGGGUGUCUGGGGGCGGGAGAGGCGCUCCAGCAGCAUCAUGAUCCACAGARUGUCUCUGCGGAAACACUCCGCUUUCUCCUCAACUGUAAAGGUUUUACUGAAACCAUGGAGCCGUCAACCAGGACUGCCKGUAGCUGCUUGUUUCAUCCACGUGGAACAUCCGCCCAUCGUCCCCASUCUCACCACCAGCUACGCCCACGGCACAUCGUCCGUCUCGCUGAGAUGCGACACGGUUGGCGAGGCCCUGCGGCGCACCGUGGAGCGCUGGCCCGACAGGGAGGCCAUGGUCUUCCUGCAGGACGGGGUUCGCAAAACCUUCGCAGAGUUCCAACAAGAUGUGGACCAGGCUGCUGCAGGACUGCUGGCUCUCGGACUCACUAAAGGAGACCGGCUUGGCAUGUGGGGGCCCAACACCUACGAAUGGGUCCUGUUCCAGUUCGCAACCGCUAAAGCUGGAAUUGUGCUGGUGUCUGUAAAUCCAGCGUACCAGCUGCAGGAGGUGGAGUUCGCCUUACGGAACGUUGGGUGUAAAGCUGURGUUUGUCCCACGGAGUUUAAGACUCAGAAAUACUGCGACAUGUUGAGGAAGAUCUGUCCUGAAAUCGAGACGGCCGUCCCCGGAGACAUCCGGAGCGCCAGGCUCCCAGAACUGCGCUCCAUCAUCACUCUGGACGCCCGACAGCCAGGAAUGUUUCACUUUGAAGACGUGAUGCAGGCCGGAACCAGCCGACACCAGCAGCAGCUGCAGGAUCUGCAGAAGAYGAUCUGUUUUGACGACCCCAUCAACAUCCAGUUCACCUCGGGAACAACUGGGACGCCGAAAGGAGCCACUCUUUCUCACCACAACAUCAUCAACAACUCUUACUUUAUCGGAAGAAGAAUGGGAUUCACCUGGAUGCCCGUCCUUCGUAUCUGUCUGCCGGUUCCGUUGUACCACUGCUURGGUUCUGUGGGUGGAGGGCUCAUAAUGGCCAUGCACGGCGCCACCGUGYUCUUUCCCUCUGCCAGCUACGACGGACGAGCCAACCUCGCCGCUUUGGAGAAAGAAAGGUGCACGGUGAUCUACGGGACUCCCACCAUGUARGUGGACAUGCUGAACCAGCCCGACUUGAAGAAAUAUGACUUGUCUUCUGUUGAAUGUGGAGUCAUGGCUGGUUCUCCGUGCCCCUCUGACCUGGUGAAGAAAAUUGUUUCUGUAAUGGGCAUCAAAAAGUUAACAAUCGGUUAUGGCACCACGGAGAACAGCCCCGUGACGUUCCUCGCCUCCCCGAUGGACAACUUGGAGCGGAAGGCGGAGACGGUGGGCUACAUCAUGGACCACGUGGAGGCUAAAAUCGUGAAUCCAGUCACGGGGGAGAUGGUCCCUCUGGGGGAGAAGGGGGAGAUCAUGAUCCGAGGAUACUGCGUGAUGCUGGAGUACUGGGCCGACGAGACCAAAACCAGGGAGACCAUCACCAAAGAAGGCUGGUACAAGACUGGAGACAUCGGCAGCCUGGACGAGUUCGGCUACUGCAAGAUUGAUGGGCGGAGCAAAGACAUGAUCAUCAGAGGAGGAGAGAACAUUUACCCCGCUGAGAUCGAGCAGUUUCUGCACACGCACCCCAAAGUGAUAGAGGCACAGGUGGUCGGAGUGAAGGACCCCCGGAUGGGUGAGGAGGUCUGCGCCUGCAUCAAACUGGCAGAGGGUCAGGAGUGCACGGCCGAAGAGAUCAAAGCUUUCUGCAAAGGACAGAUCGCUCACUUCAAGAUUCCUCGUUACGUCCUCUUCGUGACCACCUACCCGCUGACCAUUACCGGAAAGAUCCAGAAUGAGCAGCUGAUCUCUGCUUCCUGUCUCUCAUCUUCAACACCUUUGACACCUAAAGGCUGCCAUCUGAUUGGCUGUUUGAGUUAACGAGCGCCUGAACAGGUGGAGACAAAAAAUUAGCCAAAACCUGAACCGGCUUUGGUGACCAAAAAUACCAAAAUGAAUGAAGACAAAGAAAAGAGGAUAAAUUAGAACUAAAAUAAGAUGUAAUUAAACAAUUUGUUACUCCAAGGUGGCUCAGAGAGACACAGAAUCUGCCAGUCAAGAUGGCCGCCGCAGCUACUUGACCUUUGUAAACAAAACAAAAAUCCCUACAGUCUCAUUUUUAUAAGCACUGAGCCAAUUGUUGGUCGUCAGUCAGUCAGUCUCUGCUUGAUUUAACUGAACUGA